UUCCACCCCUCGAUGUGGGGAUUUAAUGUCACUGACAAGACCUACUCGUAUGACAACCGACCCGUCUCUCCCUUGAUGGCGAUGACCUUCGACCAGUGGUGGUUUCAUGGCCACCUGGACCAUCCGCCGCACCCAGAAGACGUGUUCGAGCUUCCUGCGGGCAAGCCUGCCACUAUGGAAAUUGCCUGCACGAAGUCCGCCACGUCCUACUUUGCUUCCUCCGAAGGCGGGAAUAUACAGAACGGGAACGAUCCCUGUCCGGGGAGCCCUCCCUCGGAGUACCACACGACUGGCAUCAGCGAUGUAAAAGGCUGUUCCCUCGCUAUCGCGUACAAGAGCAACGUCUCCGACGUACAGCCGGAGGACUUCGCCGUCUUCAGCGUAAAUCAGACAUGCGUUUGGAACAGGUUUACGGACUUCCAAGUCCCUGAGCGCAUGCCACCCUGUCCGCCUGGCGGUUGUAUCUGUGCAUGGUUCUGGAUACAUUCCCCCGACAGCGGCGGUGAACAGAAUUAUAUGAACGGAUUCCAAUGUAACGUCACUGAUGCCAAAUCCACCGUCCCUCUCGCGAAGCCACAGGUCCCCCGCCGCUGUGGCGCGGACCCAACCAACGGCAAGAUGGAAGCAUCUCCAGGCAAUUGCACCUACGGCGCGAAACAGCCGUUUUACUGGUUCCAGAAGGAGAGUAACAACAUGUUCGAAGGGACCUACUCGCCACCGUUCUAUACGGACCUGUACAACUUUAAGGAUGGCGCUCAAGAUGAUAUUUUCAUAGACUCGUACAUAUCGCUUCCCCCACCCAGCCCCAACGCAUCUCUGCCCAUCCUCAAUUCCAAUCCCGGAAGCCAGAGCGCCAAUACAAGCAUUAGUGGA